CCUACAACUACUCUGUGGAAAACCAGACGCUAACAGAAGCGCUGGACAAGCAGCAGAACGGCGUGCAUCACAUUUAUUCCUCCAUUGCAGAACUCUUGGUUGAUCAUCCAAUGAAGAGCCACACACCUCCAGAGACAGAAGAACAAGGAAUUCUCAUGUUGGAUCUGGGCUCAGUGAGUCCUUUCCUUCGACUCUCUGCUGACUUCCAAACAGUAGAGAGAGUGAAAACCAAGCUGGACUAUCCCAACAGUAACAGCCGCUUCAAUAAAGCCCCGCAGGUCCUCUCCACCCAGUGCUUCUCCACUGGUACCCACAUCUGGGUGGUGGAGGCUGAGGGAUACUGGGACAUCGCCGUGUCCUACAAGACCAUCCAACGUAGGAGCAAGUUCAGCAGCGCCUUCGGAAACAACGCAGCGUCCUGGAGCCUUACCCACAAUGGCAAAGGCAAGCUGUCUGCCUACCAUAAUAAAAGAAAAACUGCUCUCUGUGGGACCUUGCAGAGCGGCCGAAUAGCAGUGAUGGUUGAUUUUAAGAAAGGCCACAUUACAUUCUGCGCUGUGGAGUCGACAAUCACACAUCUGCAUGCAUUCAAAGCUGAACUGACUCAGCCAGUGUGCCUUGGUUUGGGGCUUUACCGUGUGGAUCCACCCAGUAGGGCCUCUAUUGUCAAAGUUUUGUGAAUAAUCCUACAAACUGUCAAAAUGUUCAGCCAACACUGGAUACAGACUGCCUUAAAUCAUCUGUAAUCGAGGAGAACUAAGGUUGACUUGCACUAAAAGUGGAGAUGGGUCAGAGCAAAGACCUGACUAAGCCAAAGGUGAAUAGAACAUUUGGCCUAAUAAUAGAUUUUAAUACUGUAUAGCAAGGUGUUUUAAGGUAAAUACAGUAUGUGUGGUUGA